AUGUCUUCAAGACUACAAGCAUUGAGCAAGGAAGAACUCAUACAAAAAGUUCUAGAGUCAGAAGCAAUACUUAACGAGUUUCAAGAGUCAAGUAAGGAUCUAGAAAAAGCGUUGGAGGAUGAAUUGCAACAAUUGGAAUCGACAAAUUUAAACCUUGAAAACCAAGUCAUCGACUUGAAAAAACAGCUUCUUGCAUCAAGACAGCAGAAUCUAGACCAGGGGAAGGAUCUAGAUGAACUACAAGAUCUUCUUUUGAGCAAGGAUCAAGAAAUUGCCGGUUUACAGCAGAAAAUAGUCACCAUUGAAAUUUCUAAUGCUUCAAUGGAGAGCCAAGAUCGAAUCAUGCUUAGUAAGUACGAAGUGCAACAAGCCUUCAACAAUGAGCUACUAGAAAAGUUGGCAAUGUUGGAGGAUGAGUUGGAUAGGGUCAAGAAACAAAAUACCGAGAAACAAUUGCACAUCACCAAUUACAAAAUUCAAAUCAGUGAUCUACAGGAAACAAUCAAGCAGCUAGAAGCAGAACAACACAAAGAUGGUGACACACUGUUUGUUAGUAUGAUGGAUGUGUUGAAGAGCACGCCUCCACCAAACGUACUUCGAGAUCUCACCAAUACAUCACAGAGUAAAAUGAAGAAAUCAGAUUCGUUACAGAAGCUAAAAAAUUUGACUAGAGAUCUUGACAUUUUUCUAGGAAAGAACAAUCGCUUGGAAAAUACCUCAGUGGAGAAUUUGAAAAAAAUGUCCAUGUUGAAGGCACCUUCACUGACAAAAUUGACUAUACAUCUGGAUGACGAGGGACAUCUAGACACAGAGAGAAAAACCAAACGAUUUUCCUACAGCAAACGAUACUCACAACUUCCCUCAAUUACAGGGAGUCCAAGAGCUUCAGGAAAGUAG